AAAAUAUCAGUUUUAAUGGCAUCAAGAAUUACAGUUUGUCUGAAAAUUGCUCUUGCCAUAGCCACCGUGGACUGCAAUUCUGAAGUGGAUGUUCUUAACGCCUGGAAAAAUGUUCUGACCGACCCGAAUAAUGUUCUUUCAAGCUGGGAUCCGACUCUUGUCAAUCCAUGUACUUGGUUUCAUGUCACCUGCAACUCCAAUAACAGUGUAACAAGACUGGACCUUGGCAAUGCUGGAUUAGCAGGACCCCUUAUCCCUCAGCUUGGACAACUCGCCAAUCUUCAAUACUUGGAGAUAUCUGGCAAUAGUUUUACUGGAUUUAUCCCAUCAGAAAUUGGGAAUUUAACAAAGCUAAUCAGCUUGGGUUUAGACCAUAAUUAUCUGUCUGGGGCCAUUCCAUCAUCUUUUACUAACUUGGGGUCUUUGCGGAUUGUAAGAUUGAACAGUAACAAUCUAAGCGGCAUAUUACCCAUGACUUUUAUUACUAGCCUUGUUGAAACAGGCAAUUUGAUCAUAUUGAAUGUAUCGGAUAAUUAUUUUAGUGGAACUGUUAGAGCCAAUAAUCCAAAAGAAUUUGCUGUUACAACUAUUGUACAAGAUCCUAAAGCUCCUCCAAAGUGAACCCUGUGAAGGUUGAAUGAAGUGCACUUGAUUCUACCAAUUCAUAAUGCAACAGAAUAAAGUUUCUUGUAUUGUAUUCCUUAUUUUAUAUGAAUAAGUCUUCCAGUUUGUGAUAUUGUACAUUUCACCAAAGCUAAUAAAUAUACAUUUAUAGUGGUUAAA